AAAAAGUGACUCCUCUUCUUGCUGUGACUUUCAGUGGAAGAUAGACGACAAGCCGGUCAAAGUGGACAAGUGGGAUGGGUCGGCAGUGAAAAAUUCCUUGGACGAUUCUGCCAAAAAGGUCCUCCUAGAAAAGUAUAAGUACGUGGAGAACUUCUGACUGAUCGACGGCCGCCUCGUCAUCUGCACAAUUUCCUGCCUCUUCGCCAUCGUGGCUUUAAUAUGGGAUUACCUUCACCCCUUCCCCGAGUCGAAGCCGGUCCUCGCUUUCUGCGUCAUCUCCUAUUUUGUGAUGAUGGGCGUCCUGACCAUCUAUACCUCGUACAAGGAGAAGAGCAUCUUCCUGGUGGCGCAUCGGAAAGACCCGGCAGGGAUGGACCCCGACGACAUCUGGCAGCUCUCCUCGAGCCUGAAGAGGUACGGCCGUCUCCACUCUCCGCUGCCAAGCCUUCCCCCUCUCCGCUGA